GCGGGCCGGGGCGGCAGCCGGGAGAGCUCGGCGGGGCCAGGGAAGUCGGCUGCCGCCUGCGCCUUCAGCCUUUCUGCCGCGGCCCUGAACCGAAGGCGGCUACUGAGCGGGAAGAAACCGCGAGCCCUCGGGGAAGGAGGCGGCUGCCGGCGGCAGCUUUAGCCAGCGGUCCCGAGGCCGGGAAUGAAUGCGAGCGGAGCGGCUUUGGAAAAAACAGGGCGAGCCCGAGGCUCGGGCAGCGACACCGUACCGCACGGCUCGCCUGCGCUGCCGGGGCCGGGGCCGGGGCCGCCCCUCCUGUGCCUUGCGAGCCGCUGUUGGAAGGGGGCGGGGGCGGGGCGAGGCCAGGGCGCGUUUCCCGCCCCGGAGGCGGGGUCUUUUCCCGGGCUCGCGAGAAGCGUCCAAUGGCAGGCGGCCGGUGUCGCGCGGGCGCGAGCGCGGGGCUAUAAAUAGCGGCGCGGCGGAGCCGCUGGAUUGGCGAGCGCUGUGGUGUGGUGCGCGCGAGCGGCUGUGUGCUGGUGCUGGGCCAUGGCGCGCACGAAGCAGACGGCGCGGAAGUCGACGGGCGGCAAGGCGCCCCGCAAGCAGCUGGCCACCAAGGCUGCCCGCAAGAGCGCGCCGGCCACGGGCGGCGUCAAGAAGCCGCACCGCUACCGGCCCGGCACGGUGGCGCUGCGCGAGAUCCGGCGCUACCAGAAGUCCACGGAGCUGCUGAUCCGCAAGCUGCCCUUCCAGCGCCUGGUGCGCGAGAUCGCGCAGGACUUCAAGACCGACCUGCGCUUCCAGAGCUCGGCCGUCAUGGCGCUGCAGGAGGCCAGCGAGGCCUACCUGGUGGGGCUCUUCGAGGACACCAACCUGUGUGCCAUCCACGCCAAGCGCGUCACCAUCAUGCCCAAGGACAUCCAGCUGGCCCGCCGCAUCCGCGGCGAGCGCGCAUAAACCUUUUUAGUAUUGGGCCACCUGUUUUGAGAAAGUUAUUUUAAGACAACACAAAGGCUCUUUUAAGAGCCACUACACGCACAAUAAAAGGAGCUGUACCACUUUGA